CUGCGUCUGCUCGACACGAGGUCUGGCCAAUUCGUCCUCGUACCCGAUCCCAAGACUGCGCGAUAUGCGAUUAUAUCGCAUACUUGGGCCGCCGUGGGUGAACAGGAGUACAAGGCCAUCGCGGAUCUACAGUCCUCGUUAUCGACCAGCUCCGAGACACGCUCGCCAUCAUCGCGGCAAAUCCCUACGACAAACUCCAUCCUAUCUCAUCCGCAGUUGUCCCGCAAGAUCAAACAGGCUUGCGAGAUUGCUCGUCUCCAUGGGUACGAUUUUCUGUGGAUGGACGCUUGCUGCAUCGACAAAUCCAGCAGUGCAGAGCUCUCCGAGUCGCUCAACUCCAUGUUCGAGUGGUAUCGCCAGGCGAGCGUCUGCUACGUCUACCUCGUCGAUGUCUCAUCCGACGAAGAUGUCUGGCGUCAUGGUUCCGCGUUUCGCGGGAGUAGGUGGCACAAGCGUGGCUGGACGCUCCAAGAGCUCAUCGCACCCGCGAAUGUUGUCUUCCUCUCCAACGACUGGCGCCCGCUCGGGACGAAGACCACUUUAGCUGCGCUCCUCGAGUCCAUCACGGGAAUCGAUACGAAUAUCCUUCUACACAAGGCCCCCCUGAGCUCUGUCAGCGUCGCGCGCCGCAUGUGUUGGGCCUCCUCGCGCGAGACGAAGCGGGUGGAAGACGAGGCAUACGCUCUCAUGGGUAUCUUCGGCGUAAAGAUCCCUAUGAUCUAUGGGGAAGGACACAAGGCGUUCAUUCUUCUACAGGAGGAGAUCUGGAAGACGAUCCCGGACCAGAGUCUUCUGGCGUGG